GGGAGUUGUGCUUCUUGACCAGGGACGCGUGGGAAGUUGAGCUACCUGGCGUGUGACGUCACAGUGCUCGACAACGUGCGUGUGCCCUUAGAGUGGGCGAGCCUGCCAAAAGGUCACUCGUCAACAUGACGUGACGAAGAUGUGUCAUUUGGAAGCGAUUAAGAUGAUUAAUUACCAAAUGACUCGAGGAGAUUAAUGCCAUCUCAUCGUUAAAUCAGCAUGUUUCCCUUUCCGAGAAAGAUCAAGUGCUUACUGUCAGGAAAUAAAGGCUUUGAACCCUACUAACUCCUUUUGGAAUGGACACAUCAAUCACAAAACGGUGGCGCCUCGUGGAGGGAAGCAGGAAAAGGACCCCUCCCAAAGAGGACAGGUCAAGCUGUGUCACACUGCGCAUCUCUUUCACUUUGAGAGGAGGCAUGCUAUUUAUUGCGCUUGUGUCCAUCCUGUCCCCCCCUCUGGUUUCUUUUCCUCCUGUUGAAGGGGAUUUCCGGGGGAAGUACCGGUUUGUUGUGAACAGUUUUCAUACAAAAUUAAUACAUUUCGGGAGACUUUCUGUAUUUCAUCAAAAGACAUGGCAUAGAAGUACAAAAAUGUCCUUCUUUAAUAGGCCUAUGACAUAAAAAUUCUGUAAGAAGUCAACUAUAUUUGACUAGGAUAAAGUUUUCAAUAAAAAAUCCUAAUGUCAUAUUACAGUAUGUGUUGUGUGUAGUAUGAAAUAACUAAUAAAUAAUGCCUUUAGUUGUCAUUAAAAUGUAAACAAUUACAAUAUGCCCUACAUUUUAAUAAAGAAUAUUAUACUAUAGUGUACCUUAAAGGUCAUAAAUGUGUGAUAGUAAAGUACGCCACAAAAAAUAUUUUAUUAAAUGCCCUAAAAUUAGCAAUAAUAUACAUUCAUUUGUCAAAAUAAGCCAUUCAAAUUCCUACUUAAGUAUCUUUGUUUAAGUAUUUUGUUGAAAAAUAUAAGUAAAAUAAAAGUAAUAGUGUGUAGAAUGUAAAAGGAAUUCAUUGCUUUGGCUUUCAGUUUCGAUCUGAAAGAAGGGGAUGAUUAUAGUGCAUGACAGGUCAUUGAAGGUCAUACAUUUUUAUAACACGCCAGAACACCUCAAAGCCACUAUCUAUGAGUAGCUGAUUUGUCACUCAUGAGUCAUUAAGCAACUUUAGACCCGCCCCCCAGUACAAAUGCUCAGCCGGCUGGGUUGAAUGUGUGACAUGGAAAGCCCUCAGAGCACAGCGCAGGCAGAUCUCCUCUUCUUUCUUUCUUUCAUUUUCCCACCCCGUAACGUUAAAGCGGACUGGCUUUUUGGUUAAGAAGAAUGUUCAACUAUUUUAGAAUUAAGCUACAGACUUAGACAAAGAAUAUUUGUUGGAUAUUUGUUGGACCGGAUCCCCCUUUUUCCUGCGGGGGCUGUGUUGGCGUCAGCAUGGCUGCAGCCUUCUGGGCGAUGGGUCUCUCUCUGCUCCUGCAGGGCGGUUUGUGCAGCGUUGGACAGACGCAUCUGGGCUGCAUGAAUUUGACACGGACAGGAAGCGGUUUCUGCUGUAACGGCUGCCAUCCUGGAUACCGCCUCUUCAAAGUCUGUGGUCCACUGCCAGAAGAACUGUGCACCCCAUGUGAACCCGGCACAUUUUCAGGGAACCCCAAAAGCAACAGGUGUGCCAGGUGUACGCAGUGUGUGGGUGCUCAAGUCUACGUGCAGGCGUGCACCGCCACAACGGACACAAAGUGUGGCUGCAAAGAGAAGCUCACCUGUGGGGACUCCCAGUGUUCCUACUGCGUUGAUAAGUGUGACAAAGGUCACGAACCCACGAACGAACGUUCUUGCAGACCAUGUAAAAAUGGAACCUUCAAUGACCAAGUUCACAAGAAGUGCAAACCGUGGAGGACUAAGUGUCCCAAUCCAGACGAACACAUCGUUGCCCAGGGCAACGCCCUCACCGACACCAGGUGUGCCGUUACCCUCGGCUCAAAUCGACCCGAUCCCACAGAAGAAGCGUGGCCUUUCGUCUUAUCCGUGGUCAUCAGUGUAGUGCUGACGUCUUUCGUCAUCAUGAUGCUCAUCAUCAUCAUCAGCAGCAGAAGCAGAAUGAUGGCCAAGAAAAGGAAGGAGGAAGAAGUUGUAGAAAAAGAAAAGACAAUCCCAGGGACACUGAUAAUUGAUAGUCCUACAGACGAUCCCAGGACAUUGAUAGCGAUCGAGUGCAGUUUUCACGAGGCCGAGCAAGAGCAGGGCAGCAGCUCCGAGUCGCUCGCGUCCGACGACUCUUCGGGGCGACUCAUUGGGUGACACGCCAGAUGCCACGCCAGAUGCCACGCCAGAUGCCACUCCGGAGUUCCAGGGGGUUUUACGUAGAAUUCUCUGAAAAGGAAACAAGAUAUCACAAGUAAACCCAUUGUGCUUUUAACAAAGUCCCCAAAGCUAUGGGCAAAAUGUAGACAGGUCAGUAGUUUAUAGGGAUCUUCUGAUGAUAACGUGAAGCCAGACAAUGGGGAUAUUCUCUGGAAGAAAAAAACUAAACAAGGACUUACUGGAGUAAUACACGUGAAUAGACCUGUAAUUGGGGAUGUGGUUUUUGCUCUUUCGGUUAAGCUUGAAAUCAGAUAAUGAUACCAGUCUUGUACCGUGAUACCCUUUUGU